AUGUCGAAAAAAUUGAAACAACCUUACAUAGUUUCUUUGAAACCAAACCGUACACUUUUAAAUCCAAAGUUUGAAGGUUACAAGUUAAAGCUUUUCGAAGAUCAGACCCGGUUGCGUCGUUUUUCCAUAUCACCACCCGGAAUUUCAGUAUCAAAGAUCCCAUUGAAAUCGAAAUUGUCGUACCGAGAAAUUCAAAAUCGCAUCCACUUUAACCAUUUAUUCUCCGGUUAUGAAUCAGAUGAUGGUAAAAAAAUUUGUUUUUAUUUUGAUCGGGAACUUUCUGUUUCCAUGAUAAAAUACGAUCCGGUAUUUAGCAGUACAUUCGUUGAACAGAUUUUCACGGCCGAUUUUAAUAUUCCAAGUCCAUUGGAUAGUGAUUCAGACGCGACAGCAACUAAAACUUUUAUACAUUCCGAACAUCCUUCAUUAAAGGCUCUCUCUUCAACAUUGUUGCUUGCAACAAAUGGUUUUGGUACGAUUUUUCUUGUUAAAAUCGCAAAGAACGAAUUUAAUGUAUAUCAUGGAGAAAUUAUUUAUUGCACGGAAUUUAAGGUUCAACCCAGCAUCGAGCGCAUACCGUGUGUUAUCCUUGAUGCCAAAAUUAUAGGAGAAAGUAUCCUAUUCUUGGUCUACAAUACGGUGAAAAUUCAAGACAUUUCAAUCGCUCGGAAAUCGUCGGUUGACGAAUCCAAGAAAACUUUGUUCGACAUUACUUUAGUGCGAAUGUCUGUGACGCCUCCUCAUGACCUUCAAGUAGAGCACACUGUUCGUGGACCCGAAAUUCCUUUAUACUGUAGCAUCGAACCAAAUGGUGAUGGUUACGUGAUCGGUAGCAACGUUGAUUACGAGUUGGUCAAUAAAAUUUCCACCGAAGAGAUUGAUCCAAUGGAGGCUGAUCAACCAGUGAAUGAAGUGGAUGUGGAUGCAGAAAAAUCGUCAAACAAAGAUGACAAAAAACCUCCAUACGUAUGGACGCAAACAUCCUCAGAUGUAACCUUGUGUUUCCAGCUGCCGCCUGGUACUCCCAAGACAGCUGUUCAUUGUAAUUUCUCGAAAACUCAUUUAUCACUCAAUAUUCGUCUCGAAGAUAACUCAAGCACGAAGCAAUCAUUACCGUGCUAUCUUUUCACACGUCUAUUUGAUUUAAUUGAUCCCGACUCUUCCCUGUGGACGAUUGAGUCAAGUAUAGGUCUUUUGACAUUGCAUAUCGAAAAACAUCACCACGGCACCCGCUGGUCACAUGUUUUUCAGCAGGAUGAUGGAGUUCAUGAAACGCUUGAUCCCAAUGAAUUCGCUGAAUUUCGUGAACGCUUGGAGAAAUAUACCUCAGAUUUAUUAGACGAUAAUGAAACAAGUCAAAUUUCCGGUAGAAGUCUACUUCAGCAUUCCAUUGGUCAGGAGAUGGAAGAGUCCAUUGAUCAUGAGUGGCGCGAGGUCACGUUCAUUUGGAUAGGUCGUGAAGGAAAAAUUGGUGCAAAGACCUCGGGAGGGAGUGAAUUCCUUUGCAGGCAAUUCGAAAGUUUUGACUUAAAAAAUGGUUUAUCGAUGCCAUCCGUGUGCUUGAAAUCCGAUGUGGAUGGUCUCGUAUACUCUGUCGACCAUCCAAUUGAAUCUAAAACUCAUGAUGUGUCGCCAUUGACUCUGACUCAUUUUUCGACGUUUUACGCUUUUGCCUUUGUUCAAGCGUCGAAACGCGAAAAGCGUUACAUGUUUCAUGACCCCUCAAACCGUUUUGUAAUGAUUUUUGAUGGGAGCCAUCAUGCAUUCGUCUAUUGGCAUAAUUAUGAUCGUGAAAAUCACGGAGAACAAUUCGUUGUAGAUUUUGCAGAGAACAAAUAUAACGACAUCGAUGUAGUUGGCGUUCAGAUGGUGGAUUCAGAUAAUGCUGUGAUAUUGGUUCUUGUUUCUGACUGUGUGAUUGUAAUAAAAUUACUGUAA